AAUAAAGGCGUGAAAGCCUCUAAUGGAAGGCACAUAAAAAGGAUGAUGAGGAAGACAAAACCCCGGCCUCCUGAGAGCUCUGCUGUUGCUGGGCGUUUAGCUGAUUAUAAAGGAGAUUUGGGCGUUGGUGGUGGUUCCCUUGUGGAGGAUCACGGUGGUGGUGGAAAUAGCAGUUGUGGUGGUGGUGGUGGAGGUGGGAAUACAGAUACAUAUUCAUCGUCUGCUUCAGCAACUACAAAUAGUGGAUGCGGUGGCAGCAGUGCACAUCAGUCACCAUCUCAGAAAGAAUCGUCUGCCAACACCAUUGCAGUGAAUCAGCACACCCCACCAACAACUGCUAUAAGAGAUCUAAGCAUAAGGGGAAUGAAGGAAAAAACUGCUGGAGACAGGCAGGUCCGAGUAGUGGUUGAUGACUCCAAGCCAAAACCAACAACCAAGAAGAACAAGCCCAUACAGGCUGACUUAGAUAUUUCUAAGGAAUUUAGUAGGUGUAAGGAUGAUGGUGCUCUACGAUUGGAUCUUAGCAAUUCCAGUAUCACACAGUUACCUUCGUCUGUCCACAAUCUUACUCAUCUCGUGGAAUUUUACUUGUAUAGGUAAAGUGCUAUGGAAACACUUG